GACGUCCUCCCGGAAGUGUGCGUGCGUGCGUGGUAUCUAAGGAGCAGGAAGCGGACCGGAUUGGGAGCAGGUGCGCAGCCUCCCGAGGAAGGAAGCGGCCAUGGCGGCCUUCGACACGAACCCCUUCGCAGACCCGGUGGAGGUCAACCCCUUCCAGGAUCCUUCAGUCACACAGUUGGCAAAUGCUAACCAGGGUGGUCUGGAUGAAUUCAAUCCUUUCACUGAGAGUUCUCGGCUGACGAACACAGCUCAGACUGUUCCAGCAACACAGCCCAGUGGGCCUUCACAACCUGCUGUGCUGCAGCCAUCAGUGGAACCUACUCCUCAGGCUGUUGCCUCAGCAGCACAGGCUGGGCUUCUUCAGCAGCAAGAGGAACUGGAAAGAAAAGCAGCUGAAUUAGACAGAAAGGAACGGGAACUGCAGAAUAGUGCAGCUGGCUUCAAUCCACGGCAGAACAAUUGGCCUCCACUUCCAAAAAGCUUUCCAGUAAAGCCAUGUUUCUAUCAAGACUUCUCUGCCGACAUCCCAGCUGACUAUCAGCGAACCUGCAAGAUGCUGUAUUACCUGUGGAUGUUUCACUCAGUUACCCUGCUACUAAACGUGCUUGCAUGCCUGGCAUGGUUCACAGUAAAAACUGAAAGAGGAGUAGACUUCGGCCUGUCUAUCCUGUGGUUUAUCUUGUUCACCCCCUGUGCUUUCCUCUGUUGGUAUCGGCCAAUUUACAAGGCUUUCAGGUCCGACAGUUCCUUCAGUUUCUUUGUCUUUUUCUUUGUGUUUUUUUGCCAAAUAGCCAUCUACAUCAUCCAGGCUGUUGGUAUUCCUGGAUCGGGGGACAGUGGAUGGAUUGCAGCUCUCUCAGCGAUUGGGUACAGCUUGCCAGUAGCAAUCAUCAUGAUGGUGGUGUCUACGUUCUUCACGGUCUGUGCUGUUCUUUCCCUCAUACUCCUGAAGCAGGUUCAUUCUAUGUAUCGCCGGACAGGAGCCAGCUUCCAGAGAGCCCAAGAAGAGUUCUCCCAAGGCAUCCUCACCAACAGGAACGUCCAGAAUGCUGCCGCUGGGGCAGCCUCCACAGCUGCUCAGAGUGCUUUCCGGGGGAACUGAAAACUUCUUUGAGCGGGAAUCUUAUUUCUUUGUUCAUUUCUACACUUGCUCUAAUUCCUUCAUGAUCUUUACUGUUGAGGAUGCUCUUUCCCAUGGAUCUUAACUCCUAGAUGCUUGCAAGAAGAGGUUUCCCUCUAGUUUGUUCUUGCCAGCAUUUGUGUCUCAUUGGUGGGAAAGGGCAGGAUCAGGGCAGUGUUUGGUGUUCCCUCCAUCUCUUCCUUUUAAAUCAAAUAUAUUUCCCCUUCAGUCUGGAUGCGUGCAACAUUUCUUUCAGUUCCCCAUUAACUCCUUCCAUCGCAGCAGUUUGGGAAAGCCGAUUUUGCACUCUCUAACUUCUCUCUCAUUGGAAGCUGCUGUGAAGAAUGGCUUUUCAUUUCCCUCCUAACACAGACCCAUAAAAAUGUACUAAUGGCAAUAGCUGCACUUUUUGAUUUUUUUUUUAACUUAAACCUUGUACUUAGUUGCUGAUCUUUCACUGCUGGCACACAAGGGACAUCUGGCAUGGGUUUUUUGUGUGCAUGUCGCUGUGUGAUGGAAGAGAUAUGAUUUGAGAAGCACCCUUGCUUAUUUUAAAUGAAUAAAUAAAUACAGCUAGAUCAAUGGGACAUUUGAUUCCUCCAGCCCUUAACCCCCAAGAAAAAAUGGGUGUUCUCGUUUGCUGUGGAUGCCUCCUUCAUCAUAGCCUUAAAUUGGGUAUUGAUAAGAAAUAUGGGCUAUUCACCAGCUCCAUUGCUUUCAGGGGUUUUUACCAGCUUUGGGUAACAAGCAUGUCUUUCCCAGGAAGCUUAUUUUGUGAUCCAGAUUAUGGAUGCAGUGGAAGUAGGGGAAGCAGGAAGAGUCAGUGAUCUUCAAGCAAGAUUUGUGAAUUAGUGAUGCUUGUAGUCACUACCCAUAUUUUUACCUUCAUGAUUUCUCUCCCGUCCUGGCCUACUGGAGGUCUUAAGGUCUGAGAAGCAAACGCUUCUGGCAGGUAAGACAGACUUGUCAACAGAGAGGGUAGCGUUAGCUGAAAUACCAGCUUUGUCAAUGGUGGGCUUGUGAAUAUCUCCCUUAAUCCAGUUUCUUGACUGCAUUAUGCAGCUGCAGCAUGUUUGGUGUGGUUCAUGCAACGAACAGCUGAUGCCACAGUGCUUCUGCAUCACAGGGUGAAUCCCUUGCUCAUGAAAAGUCCUGAGAUGCUGGUAUAUAGUCCCACUACCCUCAAUUGCUCCAGUAAGAAAAUCCCUGCAGUUUUUUGUUAGUAUCUGUUAGUGAAUACAGGAUAUGGAAAAACCUUCACUUCUUUGUAUGUCACUCCAGUGAAAUGUAAAUGUGAAAGAAUGGAAAGCCGUCUCUUUCUUCCAAGUCUGUUUGAAAGGAGUGAUGGCAGUGAAUGUAGCAGUAAAACUGGAUUCAAAGUGUGGGCUGUGGUGGUGAUGGUGGGGAGAAGAUAUAGUUUUGAUUGGGAUGGGAUUGGAAGUGAGGUGUGCUUAACCUAUUACUAUACUGGGUUGAGAUCCAGGAACUUGAAUGCAGGCUUGAGAAAUAUUGGGGGCAGCAGGGAGUGCUAUUUUUUAAGCCUCUGUAAACAAAUCAUUGUAGAAGCAUCUCCCUGAAGAUAGCAACUUCUGAAAUCUUUGCUUGUUUGACUGUUGUCCCAAAGAGUUGGUGCUGUCUUGGGAGAGGCCUAGAUGAUCAGGACAGUUGCUCUGAGACACUAAAUGAUCUGUCGCUCAGUUAUUUCCCUGACAUAUUGGCCAGAGUCAUCCAAAAUGUAUACUGUAAGCUCUGUAAGAUGUGUCGCCUGCAGGUAGUUCUUACUAGAUAUGAAAUACAAGGGAAUAUUCAGAGGAGUAGAACAUUUGAAGUGCUGCUGACAGAUUUUUCCUUUGCUUUUGUCUGUUUAUAUGAUCUCCAUGUCGUUUUUUUUCCUCCCUGAAAGUAGUUUCCUUGAUUUGAUUCCACACCACUCUUAUAGGGUUUGAUGUAGCCCAGUACAUCCCAGGGAAGUAUCUCUUGGUCUCUGUCUCCUUUUUAUUGUUGUUAUUAUUAUUCUCUGAAUAUUCGUAAUGAUGGCAGAAAUGAGAUUUUUUUAAAAAACAAAAAUGUCUUCCCUUCCUGGGUGUAAUUUUCCACCUCUCCGAUCUUUUUUUUCCCCCUUGUAAAAAUGUAUAUUUCAAACUUUUGUGCUUAAAUACAAAAUAAAAAUGUCAGGACUG